AUGCCGUCCUUUUCCCAAGCCGCCGAGCUUCCCGCCUGGAAGGAGCUCCAGGAGCACCAUAGCUCCGUGGGCCGCAACAUCGUGCUCAAGGAGUGCUUCGAAAAGGACCCCCAGCGUUUCGAGAAGUUCAGCCGUUCUUUCGAGAACACUAUCGACAAAAACCAGAUCCUAUUCGAUUUCUCCAAGAACUUCCUCACCGAGGAAACCCUUAACCUCCUGGUUAAGCUGGCCAAGGAAGCCGGUGUUGAGGAGCUCCGCGAUCAGAUGUUCGCUGGUGAGCCUAUCAACUUCACCGAGAACCGUGCUGUAUACCACGCCGCUCUUCGCAAUGUCUCCAACGAGGAAAUGAAGGUUGAGGGCAAAAGUGUUGUUGAGGAUGUCAACUCUGUCCUCGACCACAUGAAGGAGUUCACUGAGCAGGUGAGGAGCGGUGAAUGGAAGGGCUACUCGGGCAAGAAGAUCAACACAAUUAUCAACAUUGGUAUUGGUGGAUCUGACCUUGGUCCCGUCAUGGUCACCGAGGCUUUGAAACCCUACGGCCAUCCCGACCUCACGCUGCACUUCGUUUCCAACAUUGACGGCACACACAUCGCCGAGGCUCUCAAGAACUCAGACCCCGAGACCACGCUUUUCUUGAUUGCCUCCAAGACAUUCACCACUGCUGAGACCACUACAAACGCCAACUCUGCCAAGACAUGGUUCCUCGAGAAGGCAAAGGAUGAGUCUCAUAUCGCCAAGCACUUCGUUGCUCUCUCGACCAACGCAGAGGAGGUCUCCAAGUUCGGAAUCGACACGAAGAACAUGUUCGGUUUCGAGUCAUGGGUUGGUGGCCGCUACUCCGUAUGGAGCGCCAUUGGUCUCUCCGUUGCUCUCUACAUCGGCUUCGAUAACUUCCACCAGUUCCUUGCCGGUGCCAACGCCAUGGACACUCACUUCCGCAAGACUCCUUUGGAAAAGAACAUCCCCGUCCUCGGUGGUCUUCUGAGCGUGUGGUACAGUGACUUCUUUGGUGCCCAAACCCACCUCGUUGCACCUUUCGACCAGUACCUGCACCGUUUCCCCGCGUACCUCCAGCAGCUUUCUAUGGAGAGCAACGGAAAGGCCAUCACCCGCACCGGUGAAUACGUCAAGUACACCACCGGCCCGAUCCUGUUCGGUGAGCCCGCCACCAACGCCCAGCACAGCUUCUUCCAGCUGCUCCACCAGGGCACCAAGCUCAUCCCUUCGGACUUCAUCAUGGCCGCCGAGUCGCACAACCCUGUUGAGAACGGAAAGCACCAGCGCAUGCUGGCCUCCAACUUCCUUGCCCAGUCUGAGGCUCUGAUGGUCGGCAAGACCCCUGAACAGGUCAAGGCUGAGGGCGCACCCGAGAACCUGGUGCCUCACAAGACCUUCCUUGGUAACCGCCCGACGACCUCCAUCCUCGCCCAGAAGAUCACACCCGCUGCUCUUGGUGCAUUGAUCACCUACUACGAGCAUGUGACAUUCACCGAGGGAGCCAUCUGGAACAUCAACUCCUUCGACCAGUGGGGUGUCGAGCUGGGCAAGGUCCUUGCGAAGAAGAUCCAGAAGGAGCUGGAGACAGCGGGUGACGGUGGCGACCACGACUCUUCCACCAGCGGUCUGCUCCUUGCCUUUAAGAAGAAGGCCAAGCUUGCGUAA